CUGUAAUGAAUUCUACUGUUGGUUGAUUGAAGAUAUUCGAAAAACUAGUCCAGGUGCUUAUGUAAACUUUUCAGAUGGUCUGCCGCUUGUCCAAUAGUGAUGAUGAACAGCAGGGAUGAUGAUGUGACUGCCUUGCAAAUUCUACAAGUAGAGCACAUGAGAUACCACAGUAAAGUGAUUGCAUGUUAAACGGUAGAGGAAAGGCUACCAUUUUACUUCCCGUUUCCACAGCAAUUAAAGAUGCACGUUUCCCAAUUUAUAAUCUUACAUGAAGAUCCAUCUAAAAUUAUCGGUGGUUUUAACUUUGUACCGUAUCUUCAAUCUGCUUCAUAAAAGUCAUCAAUAUAUAGGUUCCAACUAAACUGUGAACCCUAUUUCGACCAUGUUCCCAUCAAACUGUAGAGCCUGAAUUAAAUGUAUAAUAAAAAAAUUCAUGUAUAAUUCUACACCAUAAGUUGGUACUUACCAAUCUAUAGACCACUCCAUGUAGGGACCUCAGUAGUCUACACUUUGUCAUUUUUUAGUAUUACUGAGUACUUGUUACCUACUUAAUAGAUGAUCUCACUUUCUGGUUUUAAUUAUUUCAGUAUUUUUUAUUUGUUCAUAGGACAAGAUGCAUUUAUUACCAUGGGUUAUUUGGAACCACAAGUUAAUUUAAAUUAAUUUUGAACAUCUGUAGCAGUAAUAAGUAUUACAAAUAGCUGUGAUUUUUGUAUUUUUUAAAUGGUAAAAAAUGAGGACGUAUUGGAGAAGUAAGACAACAUAAGGAAAAUAAGAAAUAGAAAUAAUAUGGUAGGACGCCUUUUGAGACUUCAAGAGACCCAUUAUAAGCAGAAACAGGAAUAAAGAGUGGCAGAGUUAGAAUUAGAGUUCGUAAAUAAUUAUGAUGAUGAUCGAAGCCCCACUUAAUUACUGCUUCAUACUUCCGAUUUGCUACAAAUCUAAAUGAAACGUAUAUCUCUCUCUAAACAAUAUCAGGAAGUACGUGCAUAUACAAAUAAGAUAACUUUAUUAUUAACAGUGGAACUAGGAAAUAGCAAAUUUUAUUUCACACUGGUAAUAUCGUUUAAUCAGAGAUAAAAUAUUUUAAUAAUGGAACGGCAAAUGCCAACAUAUGUGUUUUGCGGACGGGAAGUUAAUUCCUUAGAACUAAUUUCUGCUAAACUUAUCCACCCGGAUUUAUACCAUUAUUGGAAAACUAACAAAAUUACUCUCCUUUAUUUUGCACAUAGCUUGUUAUUAAACCACAUCGUUUUCCGUAGUAUUGUUUUUCAUUAAUUAAAGUUCAAAAAACUAAACAAAAAAUGGACCGUGUCAGGCUUCUAAUGGUAGGAUUUACCAAACACUGCGGAGGCGAUAUUUACGCACUUCCCAAUGAUGAAAAACUAAUAAAACUGGAAUAUGUUGCGUACACAAUUUUAAGUCCCAUCAUAAUUAUCGUGGGGAUUAUUUGCAACUGCAUAAACCUUUUAGUCCUGAGUUACCCGUCAGUGAUGAAAGGGGCUGCCAAAAUUUAUUUAAGGGCACUGGCAAUAGCAGACCUGUGCGCUCUUUUGGGCCUAGUACCAGUACUACAAAGAUUGAACAAAGUUCACAACCAAACCCUCACUGCUGCCUUUUAUUACGCUCAUCUUGAAGUUUUUCUCGUCGAAGUAUUUAUCAGAUUCAGUACAUUUAUCGUGGUUUGUAUGUCAUUCGAUAGAUAUUUAGCAAUCUGCCUUCCGGAAAAAUUCAACGAUUUUCAUUCGACGAAAUUCGCUCUUAAACUUGUGGGUUGUUGUUUUGUUAUUGCAACGAUUAUAACUUUACCCCUCAUCUUUAUAAAAGUACCUUGCAUUUUGACCGAGAGGCACGGCUUAGAAUUAUGGGAUACAAAGGAAAAUCCAAAAGUAACGCACCACUACUUAUGGAACAUUUAUAUUUGGUGCUACGAAUUGAUAGCAGCAUAUGGGGUAUUUUUGAUAAUAGCAUUUUGUAAUUUGAGCAUCAUAGGUCGUUUUCAAGCAUACAUGAAAAAGAAAAACGAACUUCAUANAAAAAUACGUAUUAUAUAA